UCCGCUGCUCCCGCCCCGCAGCCGCGGAGGUCGCUUCAGCCUUUCCCUCCUGCUGCCCCCGCCGCGCCAUGGAGAAGAGCUCGAGCUGCGAGAGUCUUGGCUCCCAGCCGGCCGCAGCACGGCCGCCCAGCGUGGAUUCCCUGUCCAGUGCUUCUACUUCUCAUUCAGAGAAUUCAGUGCAUACAAAGUCAGCUUCUGUAGUAUCAUCGGAUUCCAUUUCAACUUCUGCAGACAACUUUUCUCCUGAUUUGAGGGUCCUGAGGGAAUCUAACAAAUUAGCAGAAAUGGAAGAACCACCCUUGCUUCCAGGAGAAAAUAUUAAAGACAUGGCCAAAGAUGUAACUUAUAUAUGUCCAUUCACUGGUGCUGUCCGAGGAACUCUGACUGUCACGAAUUACAGGUUAUAUUUUAAAAGCAUGGAACGGGAUCCCCCAUUUGUUUUAGAUGCCUCUCUUGGUGUGAUAAGUAGAGUAGAAAAAAUUGGUGGUGCUUCUAGUCGAGGUGAAAAUUCUUAUGGACUAGAAACUGUGUGUAAGGAUAUUCGGAAUUUACGGUUUGCUCAUAAACCUGAGGGGCGAACAAGAAGAUCCAUUUUUGAGAAUCUAAUGAAAUAUGCAUUUCCUGUCUCUAAUAACCUGCCUCUUUUUGCUUUUGAGUAUAAAGAAGUAUUCCCUGAAAAUGGGUGGAAGCUAUAUGACUCUCUUUUAGAGUAUAGAAGACAGGGAAUUCCGAAUGAAAGCUGGAGAAUAACAAAGAUAAAUGAACGCUAUGAACUUUGUGAUACAUACCCUGCCCUCUUGGUUGUGCCAGCAAAUAUUCCUGAUGAAGAAUUGAAAAGAGUGGCAUCCUUCAGGUCAAGGGGCCGUAUCCCAGUUUUAUCAUGGAUUCAUCCUGAAAGUCAAGCCACUAUCACUCGGUGUAGCCAGCCCAUGGUAGGAGUGAGUGGAAAGAGAAGCAAAGAAGAUGAAAAAUACCUUCAAGCUAUCAUGGACUCCAAUGCCCAGUCUCAUAAAAUCUUUAUAUUUGAUGCCCGGCCAAGUGUCAAUGCUGUUGCCAAUAAGGCGAAGGGUGGAGGUUAUGAGAGUGAAGAUGCCUAUCAAAAUGCAGAACUAGUUUUUCUGGAUAUCCACAAUAUUCAUGUUAUGAGAGAAUCUUUACGAAAACUUAAGGAGAUUGUGUACCCUAACAUUGAGGAGACUCACUGGCUGUCUAACUUGGAAUCUACUCACUGGCUUGAACAUAUUAAGCUCAUUCUCGCGGGGGCUCUUCGGAUCGCUGACAAAGUCGAGUCCGGGAAGACGUCUGUGGUGGUGCACUGCAGCGACGGCUGGGACCGCACGGCCCAGCUGACUUCCCUGGCCAUGCUCAUGCUGGAUGGCUACUAUCGAAGCAUCCGAGGCUUUGAGGUCCUUGUGGAGAAAGAGUGGCUGAGCUUUGGACAUCGAUUUCAGCUUAGACUUGGCCAUGGAGAUAAAAACCAUGCAGAUGCAGACAGAUCGCCUGUUUUCCUUCAGUUUAUUGACUGUGUCUGGCAAAUGACAAGACAGUUUCCUACAGCAUUUGAAUUCAAUGAAUAUUUUCUCAUUACCAUUUUGGACCAUCUAUAUAGCUGUUUAUUUGGAACAUUCCUCUGUAACAGUGAACUUCAGAGAGGAAAAGAGAAUCUGCCUAAGAGGACUGUGUCACUGUGGUCUUACAUAAAUAGCCAGCUGGAAGACUUCACUAAUCCUCUCUACGGGAGCUACUCCAAUCAUGUCCUUUACCCGGUAGCCAGCAUGCGCCACCUAGAGCUCUGGGUGGGCUAUUACGUCAGGUGGAAUCCCCGGAUGAAACCGCAGGAGCCCAUUCACAACAGAUAUAAAGAACUUCUUGCUAAACGAGCAGAGCUUCAGAAAAAAGUAGAGGAACUACAGAGAGAGAUUUCCAACCGAUCAACCUCAUCCUCCGAGAGGGCCAGUUCUCCUGCACAGUGUGUCACUCCUGUCCAAACUGUUGUGUGAGGGGACUGUCCGAGGGGGGCCGGCAUGGCCAUGAACUCCGCAUUACAGUGGCAGCUUUAGGAGUAUACGGUCUUCUGAAGUUAGAACCCAACCCUGGGAGAAGUGCAGUUGCUUUAUUUAUUUUAAAUCUCUCCAGGAGGGGUUUAGAACUGGGGCAGUGCAGGCGGCGUGCGUGAGAUACCCCCUAUGGAAUUCCACCACAAUGACAGUAAUCUUCCGAGUCACCCAAAGAAUAGUUAGAUGCUUCAUUACCAGAUCCACGGUGGGAGCAAGUUUCUGAUUUUAAAAUCAAAAUACAGACACUUCGGAAACACGCCUCCUGCUGGAAGAGAACUGGCUGCACAGAGGGAAGGAGCAUCCCAGUUAAUCUCAGCGCACCGACGCUGCAGUUCCCUGCCAUGACACAUGUUGAGCCUCAACGGCACGAAAGCUCAGAAUCCCAUGAUGCUCCUUUCCCCCGUCGCGGGUUUUUCUUUUCUGUCGUAGUGAUUUACUUUCAUCACCUUUCUGCACCCACACUCUUCAUAUAUGAUACGGCAAAGAUCUGAGGAUAUUAUGGCAUAGUAGUAGUUGAAAAUUAUUGCUGUCGUUACUGGCGUGUGUAUUUAAGAUGUAGUAGAUAGCUGUCCGAAUGGAUGCCUUAGAGGUGUGCUGGGGGGCGGGCGCGGGAUUGAGAGACGGAAGCAGUAGCCGCCCAGGACUUCAAAGAAUUCCACACCCUUCAGAUUAGUUUCCAUUUGCCCAGUUACUAGAAACAUAAUGAGACAUAUUUACAAAUUCAUUAUUCCCUUCCUUUACUGCAUUUAUGUUUUUGUGUGUGUGUGUCUGAACACAGAAGUGAAUUGGCUGAGUUUUGAGGCAAUAUUUUAAAAGUUUACUAGGAUUGACUUUUUUCCUGAAGUCUGUUUAAAUAGCUUAUGGGUGGGAAAUAUGCUCAAAUUUUACACGAGGUAUUUUACUACUUUACUUUGCAAAUUCUGUAAUUCCACUGAAAGAUUAAGUCUACCAAAGAAUUUACUGCAUGUACAAAUAUGUUACAAUCUCAACGCCAGUAAAGGAGAUACUGCUUCACUGUUCACCUGCCAGUAACAGUUCAGCACUGGUGUAAACAUUUGACUCCCGGAUACCUUAAGAGCCAUAUGUUAUGUACUGUAACAAAGGAGCUUCUUGUCCCUUGGUUCUUUAAUUAAAAGGAAAUUUCAACUGACUUUUAAAACGUUGUCCUUAUCCUAAGUUGUUUGCCUUAAAUGCCUUUCUUAAAUGUGUUUUUGAAGAAGGGUGGCUUAGCACCUGCUCCAGAUUAAAGUGUUCAGUUUCAGCCCAUUUUGCUUCUAAUACCCAAAUCAAGCAGUACUAAACAAUGCAGUGUUCUUUCACUUGUGUCCUCAGCCUUGUUGUUGGGUUUGGUGGUGAGGAACUGUAAUUUCUCCUACUACCUCCAAUAUUAGCAAAAUUAGUACCAGGAUGAUUUGGUCUUUGUAUGAUACACAUUUAAAAAAAAAAAAGUCGUCAGGGUAUUUUUGAGCGGCCAGCCCAUCAACUGAAGCUAAGUUUUCUCUUCCAGAUAUUUUACAAACCCAUUGAUGUCCAUUCUAUGAUUUUCCUCAUUUAAGCCUUGAUCAUUUUGGGCUGAUACCACAUAAAAAUACUGAUUACUGAAGAGAUCAAGAGUUUCAGACUUUGUUUCAGUACCCUACACAUCCACUUUAAAUUCCAUUCAAAGGCCAGAGCAAUGGAAAUGCAGAUCUAUCACUUACCAUUUUAAGACUUUUCCAGAGGUUUCCUUUUCACCUUAGCAGGCAUCUUUAAAGUGGAGUGCAUUUAAGAGAAUCCCCUGGGGGCAACAUGAGGAUCUUGAUGGCCUUGUGAGACGUUCCUCUUUCCUCCCCCUCGACUUACAACCAGCUGGACAUCCAUGACUGAACAGAAGUGCCUCUGCACAUCAAGUCCAAGGAAGUUAUGGAGCCAGGGGAGUUACAGUGGCAGUGACCAUGGUGACCUCCUUAGUGGAGGUGGUAGAAUGAGAACGGGGUACUCAGAAGUGCUCAGCGGCAAUGGGCUGCAGUUGGUUCUAUUGCUUUUCAGGAACACCUAGAUUUCUGAGGAGAGACUUCCAUGACUGGGUAGAGGGAAAGAAAAAACAAGUCAAAGAGAGCUGAAGGGACAUGCUUCCUGCCAUAAGCUCUGGGAUUCCAGCAAGAGGUCCAUCCAUGUGCCUUUGGGAAUCCCCCACUCAAGGAUUGCCCUACCAGGCCAUGGGCACACCUAAAGCCCCAAGUGCUAAGCACACACCUCCCCCAACUCUGCAUCCAGUCUUUAAAACACAAAACCAAAGAUUUUAUUUGAGAGAGCUGAUGGAUGUGCAUGAAUGGGGGGGAGGGGCAGAGGGAGA